UGUGGGAGCAGCAGAAGGAUGUGUCAGAGGUCACUUUCUAGACAGGCUAGGUUUGUUUCAAAUGGUACUGUUUUAUUCAGAGUAUCUCUUUGUCAUCAGAGUAAGCCCCAGUCUCCAAAGAGCGUUUCAUCUCUUUUUCCCAUCAACAAUGGCUCCAAAGAAAAUGGGUUUCAUGAGGAACAAGACCAAGAACCACAGGAUCUCUUUGCAGAUGCCACAGUGGAACUGUCCCUGGAUUCUACACAAAAUAAUCAGAAGAAAGGGCCAGCCAAAAUGCUCAUUUCUCCUCCUCCACAGGAAGCCGCAAAUUCUGCCAAGCCCCAGCCAAGCUAUGAGGAGCUAGAGGAAGAAGAGCAAGAAGACCAGUUUGACUUGACAGUAGGUAUUACUGACCCUGAGAAGAUAGGGGAUGGUAUGAAUGCCUAUGUAGCCUACAAAGUUACCACACAGACAAGCUUACCAAUGUUCAGAAGUAAACAGUUUGCAGUGAAAAGAAGAUUUAGUGACUUUCUGGGUCUUUAUGAGAAGCUUUCAGAGAAGCACUCUCAGAAUGGCUUUAUUGUCCCUCCUCCACCUGAAAAGAGCCUAAUAGGCAUGACAAAAGUAAAAGUUGGAAAGGAAGAUUCUUCUUCUGCAGAAUUUCUCGAAAAACGAAGGGCUGCUCUGGAAAGGUACCUUCAGAGAGUUGUGAACCACCCCACCAUGUUACAGGACCCUGAUGUCCGAGAGUUUUUAGAAAAAGAAGAGCUGCCACGUGCUGUGGGUACCCAGACAUUGAGUGGCGCUGGUCUCCUUAAGAUGUUCAACAAAGCUACAGAUGCUGUAAGCAAAAUGACCAUCAAGAUGAAUGAAUCAGACAUUUGGUUUGAGGAGAAGCUCCAGGAGGUAGAAUGUGAGGAGCAGCGCCUGCGGAAACUGCACGCUGUGGUAGAAACUCUCGUCACCCACAGGAAAGAGCUUGCACUGAACACAGCCCAGUUCGCUAAGAGUCUAGCCAUGCUCGGGAGCUCCGAGGACAACACGGCCCUGUCACGGGCCCUCUCCCAGCUGGCUGAGGUGGAAGAAAAAAUUGAGCAGCUGCACCAGGAACAGGCCAACCACGACUUCUUUCUGCUUGCUGAGCUCCUGAGUGACUACAUUCGCCUCCUGGCUAUCGUCCGUGCUGCCUUUGACCAGCGCAUGAAGACAUGGCAGCGCUGGCAGGAUGCUCAGGCUACCCUGCAGAAGAAGCGGGAGGCCGAAGCGCGGCUGCUGUGGGCCAACAAGCCUGACAAGCUGCAGCAGGCCAAGGAUGAGAUCACAGAGUGGGAGUCUCGGGUGACUCAGUACGAAAGGGACUUUGAAAAGAUUUCCACAGUGGUCCGGAAAGAAGUCAUACGGUUUGAGAAAGAGAAAUCCAAGGACUUCAGAAACCACGUGAUCAAGUAUCUUGAGACACUCCUAUAUUCCCAGCAACAGCUGGCUAAGUACUGGGAAGCCUUCCUUCCUGAGGCAAAGGCCAUCUCCUAAUGGACCAAGGAUCCCGAGCCCACCUGCGUGACGCUGCCUUUUUAUACUCUCCUUCCCGCCCCGUUCCCUCCACGGACCCCCGUGAUGCCUCCUGCCCCAGCUGGACUCAGCCCUCCUCGCCCCACGGCCCAGCACUCACCCCCUCGCUCUAACCAAUAUUUCAUUUAGCUUCCACAUAUAUUUUCUUACCUAAGAGAAUAGUUUCCUGCUUUAAGCAAAGACCUACAAUAGGUGGUGGAAUUAAUGGGAUAGAGGUGUUGUAUUGAUAUAAAUAUAUAAAUACAAAUGUAUAUUUUUCAGGAUGUGGUUUAGGAACUGGGAAUAACGUUUUCUGUUACUCCUGAUGGUGCCAUGAAAAGAUUAUGUAAUAAAAAUAUUUUGAAAUCAGGU